AAAGAUAACAAUAGCAACAACAAUAACAAAGAUGAAGAUUUCAAAAAUAAAAACUACAGUCAAUCAGAAGAAACUUUAAAGAAGAUUAAAGAGAAUAAGUUUGAUUGGGCAUUGUUUGUUAGAUUUUUAAAAAUUGUUAAAAUUCUAUACAUGAACCCAGUCAUACCUUUAAUGUUAGUUGGUACUUUAUUUGGUUUCGCUGUUGGUCAAACAUAUAUAAGCAAAUAUACUGGUAUUAUUCUUGCAAAUGUUUAUCAAUCAUUUACAACUGGAGAUAAAAAAUUAUUUUAUGAAUCAGUAUUUAAAGGAUUGGGUGUAAUUGGUGUUUCGGCAUUAUUCGAUUCUUCGAUUCAAUUCAUUGUUGCUUUAAUGGGCUGGAACUGGAGAAAAACCUUAUGCUUUUAUAUUCAAAAUGUAUAUUUCAAGAAAUCACUCUUCUAUAAAAUUAUUGCAUUUAAUGAUAAUAUCGAUAACCCAGAUCAACGUAUUACAUCAGAUAUCGAUAAAUUUACAACUCUCUUGGCUUCGAUUGUAUCAAAUUGCAUAACUGGUCCAAUGGUCGUUAUUUACUAUACCUACCUUUGCUAUACUACUAUUGAAUGGUAUGCUCCAUUAAUUGUCUAUGCUUACUUUUUCUUGGGUUACUUUGUCAACAAGCUUGUCAUAUCGCCAAUGGUUAGUAUUAACUACCUUCAAGAUAAAUUAGAAGGUGAUUUCAGAUACCUUCAUCAAAGAGUCCGUAACUUUUCAGAAUCAAUUGCACUUUUUAACUAUUCCAAAAACAAAUCAAACAAACCAAAGAGAAAAACAUCUGAUGCCUCCACAACAUUGAGAAAAAGCGAUAGUGUAGAUUUUUCAGAAGAAUCUGCUGAUGAAUCAACUGUAAUCAAUAGAAAGAAUAGAACACCAUUCACUAAAACUGGCAAUACAAAAUCAAGCAUUUCUGAAGAGAAAAGAAAGAAACUUGAAGAAGAAUUUUUAGUCGAAGAAAGACAAGCAAAGAUACAAUUUGAAUCAUUAUUAGCAAAUAAAAAAAGAGUUAUUUUUUGGAACUUUGGUUUAACUACUACAUCCGAUUUAUUCACAUAUUUAAGUCCAUUAGUAAACUACUUUAUUAUUGCAAUGCCAGUAUUCUUUUUACACACAAAAUCAGCUUUAUUACCUGCAGAAGUUACAGUUCAAUCUUAUAACUGUAUUAUGUUAGCUAGUGGCUUUAGUCAAUAUAUCAAUGUAUCAACUAAUAUCUCUGACUUGGCUGGUUUUAUAUCACGUAUUUCAUCAAUGAUUGAAGUUUGUUCAAAAGUAUUAAAUGAUGAUUCAUAUGAAACUGAAACCUCAUCAUUAAAUGAAAAAGAUGGUAGCAACGAUAGUUUAAACCAAGAGAUUCAUGUUAAUACAACCAAUAGAUCAAUUAGAUUAAACCAAGGCGAAAAUAUUAUUUUAGAUGAUAUUACAUAUUUUACACCAAAAGGAAAUCAAUUAUUUUCAAAUAUCACUGUUUGCAUUGAAAAAGGUAAAAAUUUAUUAAUUAUGGGUCCAAGCGGUAGCGGUAAAUCCUCGUUAAUUAGAGUUAUUAACGGUUUGUGGCCAUUCUUUAAAGGAAGAAUCAAUAGACCAGAAAGCGAUAAGAUUUUCUUUUUACCUCAACAACCUUAUUUAAUUUUUGGUGAACUUGAGGAACAAAUUCUUUAUCCUCUUUCUAAAAAAGAUAAAAGAAUUCCAAAGAAACAACUAAGAGAAUUAUUUGCUAGACUAGAUAUUGACUACCUUUUGGAUAGAGAAAAUUUCAUUAAAAAGAGUGCACAAAUCAAUGACCUUACCCAUAAUUGGUUAAACUCACUCUCGCCUGGUGAACAGCAAUUAAUAUCAAUUAUUAGACUACUCUACCAUUCUCCACAGUUUGCAUUGUUAGACGAAGCCACCAGUUCUAUUCCACAAUCCCUCGAGGAAAAAGUUUAUCAAAUCGCCAAAGAAUUAAACAUCACCAUUAUUAGUGUUGGUCAUCGUGUUUCAUUAUUAAAACACCACGAUAAUUUACUAAGAUUCGAUAAAUAUAAAAAUUGGUUUUUUGAAGAAAUAGACCAUAAUCAAUAAAACUUGUGCAUUACAAGUUAUAAUAAAUAAAAAUAAAAAAUUACACAAAGUUUUAUAAUUGUUUUAUAAAUGU